CGGAAAUAUUACUACUCGCGGAAGUGAGGGAAAUGAGCAUUGUCCUGGCAAUAAAAUAUAUUUAAAACCGCCGAAUUCAGAAGUAACCUGCAGUUAAAAUGGAGGACGAUGCACCCGUAAUAUAUGGACUUGAAUUCCAGGCACGUUCACUUACUGCACAGACAGCUGAAACUGAUGCUAUUCGUUUCCUUGUGGGCACACAGUCUCUAAAGUUUGACAACCAGAUCCACAUCAUUGACUUCGAUGAUGAGAAUAACAUCAUUAAUAAGAAUGUCCUUCUACACCAAGCUGGAGAGAUAUGGAACAUUGGUGCCAGUCCUGCAGAUAAAGAAGUACUUACCACCUGCUAUAACAAAUUCAGUGACAGCCGGGUGGUGUCGUGUGCAGCAGUAUGGCGGAUGCCCUCCAAUUGGGAGACAGGAAACCAUGAGUCUCCUGAUGACUCAGGCCACAAUCCUCAAACCCUGGAGCUGCUUUGUCACCUAGAUGACAGUGCCCUCACCAACACAGCCUGCGUACUGUGGGAGCCAUUGGGGGAUGGCAAGCGUGUUAUUUCAUUGGUUGAUAACCAUGUACUACUUUGGGACCUGGAGCAGACCUCCACGCAAGCCACUAUCUCCAGCACUGCUAUGCUUGAGGGGAAAGGGCAACUUAAAUUUACCUCUGGUAAGUGGAGCCCUCACCAUAACUGCGGCCAACUUGCCACUGCAAGUGACACAGCAAUAAGAGGCUGGGACCUACGUAGCAUGAGUCAGAUUUACUGUAUCGAGAAUGCUCAUGGCCAGCUGGUGCGCGACCUUGACUUCAACCCAAAUAGGCAGUAUUAUUUGGCCAGCUGUGGAGACGACUGCAAAGUUAAAUUCUGGGAUGUCCGUAAUGUCCAGGAACCCAUCAAAACCCUGGAGGAGCACUCACAUUGGGUGUGGAGCGUCCGCUAUAACCACAGCCACGACCAGCUGGUGUUGACAGCCAGCAGUGACAGCCGCCUCAUCCUUUCCAACAUGGUGUCGAUCUCCUCAGAGCCAUUUGGCCAUUUGGUGGAUGAUGAGGAUCUCAGCGAGGGCGAGGACAACCCCCAGGAAGAUAAGAGCAAAGAGCCUCUGAAGGACAGUGUGGUGUCCACCUACGAGGAGCAUGAAGACAGCGUGUAUGCAGCUGAGUGGUCAUCGGCCGAUCCGUGGCUCUUUGCCUCGCUCAGCUAUGAUGGCCGGCUCGUCAUCAACAGGGUCCCCCGUACCCUGAAAUACCAGAUCCUUUUAUAAGCAAAGAUAUACGUCCAUGACACAGAGGGUGUGUUUUCUGAAAAUUGUGUUGCAAAAACUGUAAUUAAUGUAAAUACAGUAGACAUCUUGUGACUGAACACUAAAUUAAAGAUUCCUGCUAACA